CAGCCGCCGUAAGACAUCUCGUAAGAGUCCGCCUCCUCCAUAAGCAUCGCUCAGACAUGGCGCGCCGGAGCAGUGCCACCAGCGCGACUCGGGCCGCAGUCGCCGUCGCGACCAUCGUGCUGGCCCUUCUGGCGCAUUCUGCGUGCGGCGUCAAGGAGCUAGACAAGAAGCAGCUCGCACUCAUCGCAAAGGCCGAAAGCAGUAAGCUCGCGCCGGACCUGAUCGAGACGAUACCGCGAGGCAUCUUCGAGGCGAAAUUCAAGUCGGGCGAGAUAGCCAUGGGUAACCACUUCACCCCGGAGCAGGCGUCCAGCGCGCCGUCUGGCAUCGACUUCCCGAGAACCGCGGGCUACACGUACGCGAUAGCCAUGCUGGACCCCGACGCGCCCAGCAGGUCGGACCCCAAGUUUCGGCCCAUCCUCCACUGGCUCGUGGUCAACUUGGAUGCGGGAGACGCCAAGGCGCCCGUCGACUACAAGAAGGGAACCGAGCUGUUCAGGUACCGCGGUCCCAAGCCUCCGAUGGGAUCGGGCCCGCACCGGUACGCCUUCCUGGCGUACAAGCAGUACAAGCACAUCGACAUGCCCCAGACGCUGAUCGUGCCGUACGACAAGAGGAAGAACUUCAACAUCACCAAGUUCGCCAAGGAACACAGCUUGGGCAAUCCCAUAGCGAUAAAUUACUUUCUCGCCGAGGACGCGUACGUGGACGGAGUGACCCCGAUGCUGUCCUGGUUGACCAUCAUUGCUCUGGCGCUAGUUGGACUCCUCUGCCGCGUCAUGUUGAUGUAUUACUAAGCGAAAUCAGUCUGCCGUCUAACGCUCCCAGUGGCGCACUUCAACUGUGAUGACAGUGUGCAAGAUCAUUUAUACGUGAACUGUGGCACGUCAACGGUGGGCGGCUCAAGACGAGCAGAGUGCUGUUCGCUACGGAGGUGAACGGGGGUCUGACUUGGUGGUGGUGGAGUGCGUUGUAGCGACGAUGUGAUGCGCGUGGAGUGAUUGUAAAAAAAGCGCAGAACGUCUUGGAACAACGUCAACGACAUCAGCAAAAGGAUGAAAAUUAUGGCCGACUUGUUCUUGACCUCCCCCCCCCCCCCCGCCCUCUUUUUUUUUUCCACGAAGAACAUACAGCAUGGAAAAAGAAAAUUUCCCGCCGCCAGUUUCACUGUCGUUCCGCUGUAUUGCCGCGCUAAAUUUUCGCAACUAAGCAGGAAGU